AAUUUUACAAAAGCUUACAUUCAUAAAUUUAUAUAGAAAAUAUUAAAAUUUCUAUUGAAGUUACUGAUUAACUUUUGAAUUAUGCUUGUUUGGAAAAUAUUGCAUUAAAUUCAAAUUUUAAAAUGUCUCAACGAAUUCAAAAAUCUAGAAAAUGUUUAUCACAACCAACCACGAGUAGCAAUACGAGCCAAAGUAGCCAAAACGAUGAGGACCACCGCUCAAACACCCAAAUAUCACACGAUCAAAGUCUAUCGAGCCAAGAACAUGCUCAUCAUGUGGGUAACGUUGUGAAGUACAUUCUUGCGGCUGAUCAUUCUAAAAUACCAAUUGUAAGAUCAGCAAUAAGUAAGGCAGUUAAUUGUCAAGGCAAAAAUUUUCGAGCGGUUAUGAAUAGUGCUCAAGAAGUUUUACGAGAUGUAUUCGGUUAUAAACUGGUGGAUGUUGAAAGUGGAAAAUUCAUACUAUGUAAUACGAUAAAAAACGACCUACCACAUUUAAACUUUGAUGAAAAUGUCAAAAAUCGUUAUGUUUUGUUAUUUUUAGUUCUUACACAUAUUUAUAUGAGUGGAGAAGUAUGCACCGAAGGUUCACUUUUUGACUUUUUAACUAAAUUGGAAAUUAUAAGCGAUGGCAAUAUGAUAAAUGAAACGUUUGGUAAUGUUCUUGAAUUAAUAACAAUUCAAUUUGUUAGAGAAAAGUAUAUAAAAUUGGAAAAAUCAGAUAACGAUGACGAGUCGGAGUUGAAGUGGGGUAUACGUGCUCAUGAAGAACUAUCUGUACGAUCAGUUAUGGAAUUUGUAAGCAAGGUUUAUGAUAAUAGAGAUAUCAAGACUUGGCCUCAACAAUAUGAAGGUAUGCUGCAAAAAGAAAGAAUGAUAGCAGAAGAAGAAAAUUGA